AACCUAAAUGGCUCAUUGCGUUAUCCCUCAAUGUCCGUGUCAUGGAGAACCUCGCGAUCGUCUUUCCUGAGCCUCCGCUCAUUAGCGAGUAAGCCUACGCUAAGUGCUUGUUGUUGAUCUUGUACCUUGUCCAAUGCUGAAGGAAAAACGCGCGAAUUCUCUUUGCACGCUACAAGGAAUGAGGUCUUAGAUGAUAACUCCGAAGAGCUUUUGCGAUUCGGGGGCUCUGCUAAUGAUGCUAAGUCUAUGAAAGCAGAGGUCGUGAGCGACGAUAGUGAUGCUCUGGAUCAGCAGAAUGAUCAAGGCUAUUGAUACAUCAUAUGCCGUGGUCCGGAACUGAAGGUGUACUUCCACGGUACGUCAUCCUGAAACAUAACCACAGUUCGCUAUCACACGCGACUACGAACUGCGUGUCUUCUAUCCGAGGCUCCUCAAGAGUGGACCUUACACGUUCACUGCUACGUUCUACCCAUGACACAAUUUCGCCGUGUCUUCCAGCACCAGCACCACAGCAAUAGCACUUCAUACUUCUGCUGAUUACAGUCUUACCAUAGCCACAGGCUUAUUCAAAGUUUUUCAAUAUUGCAAAAGCUGAGUUCAAUGGAGCCGUCAAAGUAGAUCCAUCUUUCAUGUAUCCCGCAAGAUUACAACUACAUUCUAGGGCAACGACCAAGCCGAUGACGUCACAGAAAGGAUGGCCAGCAUAUAUGCGCAUCUUUUGAUGGGCUACGACUCUAUAUUGGAUCGCUUUUCUCGAUAGAAUUGAUCGAAAGGAAACGCAAGACCAUCGACGAAGCGAAUCGACAACACGAGAAAGGUCAAGCCUAAGGCUUGGUAAUGUCCAAGAAAGCUGUUCAAGAUUGCAAUCGACUCAUCCGCUCCUUCAACCCCUCCGCCUGAUGUUCUGUAUCCUGUGUACUACUGGCUGUCCGCGUUGUUCUCAUAUUCCUACUUUUGUUCACGUCUUAUGUUCAUGUCACAUUCGCAUUCAUCAUUUGAGAUCGUUCGAGCCACCUUCCUUGGCGCAUUUUUUUUUAGUUGCUUCUUUUCUCCUGAUUGCACGAUCACCAUCGUGCUUUCGGACGGAAGGAAAUCUGAUGGAAGUUAGAUCCCUAAGCGUGCUGGCUGCACAACAGUCGAAGAUCAGAUCCCCCUUCGAAUGGCGCCGAACUGAAUCGCGACCCGAAGAGACCGUCUUGCCUUCAUACUUUCGGGUUGUUUCUCUAAGUUGUCGCGCUGCUUGUACUGUAUAUGGAGCCAUCUCAUGUGACUGCGACUUAGAAAAUCAGAGCGUAGUUGAUGGCAAUCCGACUAUGUACAUGGUUAACAUGGCUCACAUUUAAUCCUCCGUAGUCCAUACUGAUGGAGGUCAACGUGACAACUGUCGUAUUGUUUCUGCGGAAAUGAAGAUCAACGUAAUCAUGGAAGGUUUCCCGUGAUGGACGCGAUGGGAGAUGAGGCCGCAUCUUGAGCGAUUGACACGCGCUAACGGUAUAUAAUAGGCUUAGGCAUGGUCAAUGUUCGAAAGGCACUUCGUAUUUGUCUUACAUUUUUCAGACCUCUUAAAGCUCCAAGUCUCUCAGGCAUUGACGAAGUAAAAUGCUCUUUAACUUGAUCUCGGUCGUAAUCCUUGUCGCGACCUUCGAUGGCCUUGUAUAUGCUUCGAAGACUCUCGAGUCUCUUGAAGCCAAGGCGAAUAGCAUCGCCGUGCCAGCUCCACCCCCGCUCGAGUUUCUGUUCGCAGCAAACGUAACACUCGGACAGUUUGACUCCUUCGAGGGACCCCUUGGAACUCGUCUGAACGUUCCAAUUGUUAGCGCCAACUUUUCUGAUGCGAACGGAGAUAUCGUCGCUCGACUCAUUCCGGGAAACACUGUUGAGCAUGGCUACGUCACCGCAUCUGGUAUUCUCUUCACGGAUAUCGUUUGGAGUCUUCGUUGGGAGGUAGAUGGGAAAUUGGCCUAUCUACGCGCACUGGGUAUAGGCAAGUUGCCCGUUCAAAACUUGAACUAUGUGCAACUCGAAACCGACUCAGAGGUCUAUGGAGAUCUCAAUCGCCGGUUUAUAGUAGCAAAUAUUACGUUUGCUCCUCCCCAUAUCAGUUUCUUCGCUGCUCCGAGCGCGUUCUGAUCUCUACUAGAGGAGGCUGCUUAUUUAUUUAGGUUAAGCAGUUAUACUCUGACUCUAUGCGCCACAUGGUGGGUUAUCAUAGUAUCCUUUCGCCUUGUAGCAUGUAUUAGAAGUCUGUAACUUCGUUCUGAGCUCCUUGCUGUCUUCUCUCUUGUAUCGCCUCUCAGCGCCUAUCAGUUACUUUGGUGUCUGCCGUCCACAUUCGACUUGCGUGCUGCAGUAUUGCUCUCAUUAUACCCUCCAUCUCGUUCGAGUGCCUUGGGCGACACCUCAUCACCACGCAUGUAAUUUAUUCACUGAUGCGGAAUGAUGAAUCUGCAUAGUGGAG